AUGAAGGCUAAGAGAACAGAAAUGGUACUUUUCUUCGCCAUAGAGAAAUGGCUGGAGCAUAACAGAGGUAAGGGAUGGGAGAGGGAAGGAGCAGAGAAGAAGAAAAAUGGCGUUCUGGAAGUUGUACCCUGGACCUUUGCGUUUUGUCUCUGA